GAGAAAAUCAUAGAGUACUCCUCCCGCCGCCAAGAGGAAGAGAGAGUGGCCUCUGUAGGUCCGUAGCUUUAGGGACCGCUGGGCCGGAGGCGGUCGCACAAAGGGUAUCCGGGGAGGUAGCUCCAGCUUCUGGUCGACCAAAGAGAUGCGGCUCCCGCCGGCCCCGGGCCGGGAGCCUUGCAGGUUACAAAUUGACUUUCCCAUUCUCUGGCUCUUGUGAUUCCCGCUUCCCGCCCAACGAUGUGGACACUGUCAUCGCCUCCACUUCACAGAUAAGAAAGCUGAGAUCCGGAAAAGCGAGGUUACUGUCCAGAUUUACGCGUUGGUUUAUCAGCACUUCAAAGACCACAGCACACGAGUUGGUGGUGAUGACAGACUCCAUGCUGGACUCACAGCCAGCCAACAGCACUGAGGGGAUGGAUGGUCUGUGCUCAGAGCUAUUGCUGAUCCCCCCACCUCUCUCUGAGCCUGGAAUCCUGGAGCCUGUCCACGGCCCCUGUCCAUCUGGGAACCCCACACCUUUGCCUGCUGCCCCAGGCUGCCUGCUGGUGGAGGCCACGACAACUGAAGAAGUCACAGGGAACAUGGAGAUCAUUGUAGAAGCCGUAGCUGCAAACCUAUCCCCAGGUGCUCCUGGAGAGACACCAGGUGUCCUGGUAAAGGUGGUGGAGGUGUACUUCUGUGAGCGCUGUGGGCAGAGCUUUGCAGAGCCCGCUCUGCUGGCCCUGCACCAGUGUGCCGAGACCCUUAUACAGCCUGUGGAGGGCCUCUCUGGCACCCCGUGCUCUGUAGAGCUACACCUCAGCAACCUCACUCUCCCUGGCCCUCCGCAGGGCCACAGCCCACUGGAGAGGCCCCUGCCAUGCCCUGUGUGUAGACAGGAGUUUGCCCAACCCCAGGCCCUGAAGAGCCACUUCAAGAUUCACCGGGGGCCCCCCUACACCUUCUCCUGCCCAGAGUCUGGCUGCGUGUUCUCUGCUGAAGAUCGUAAGGGUCUGCAGCACCACCUGAGGCAGACCCACGGAGUGGUUCCCGUGCCCUGUUGUUUCCGGGGCUGCCCCUUUCUCUUCGGGAGCCAGCAGGGCAUGGAGCUGCACCAACGGGCCCAUUACCCUUUCCACUGCAACCGUUGCAGCUUCAUGGGCUCCAACGUCAAACUCUUCCGGCAGCAUCAGCGCAGCCAUGGGGCCAGGACGCAGGGAGAAGUGUCGGCCAUUCAGGGUCUUCCAUCCCAGGAGCUGCUGCCAGACUUCAUCAAGUUGUAUGUGUCUCCAGCUCCCGCCCUGCCCCCAGGAGAGGGACAGCCUUCAGAGGAAGCAGGUACGCCCUUGCCCGGGCAGGAGGCAGCUGAAGAGGAGGAGGUGGAGGAGAGUGGCACCCUGAAGGACUCUCAGAAAGCGCUGGAGAAAAGCCAGGGGACUCAGCAGUUGGAAGGGGAUGUGGCUCCUGGCCCCGAGUCCCUCUUCAAGACCCACAUGUGUCCAGAAUGCAAGCGCUGCUUUAAGAAGCGGACCCAUCUGGUGGAGCACCUCCAUCUCCACUUCCCAGACCCCAGCCUCCAGUGCCCCAACUGCCAGAAGUUCUUCACCAGCAAGAGCAAGCUCAAGACCCAUCAGCUGCGGGAGCAGGGCAAGAAGGCCCACCGCUGCCCGCUGUGCAGCUACAGCGCAGUGGAGAGGAACGCGCUCAACCGCCACAUGGCCAGCAUGCACGAGGACAUCUCCAACUUCUACUCGGACACCUACGCCUGUCCCGUCUGCCAGGAGGAGUUCCGCCUCAGCCAGGCCCUUAAGGAGCACCUCAAGAGCCACGCCGCGGCAGCAGCUGCGGGGCCGUUGCCCCUUGCCUGCUUUCAGGAGGGCUGCAGCUACGCGGCACCCGACCGCAAGGCCUUCACGAAGCACCUGAAGGAGACCCACGGGGUGCGGGCGGUGGAGUGCCGCCACCACUCGUGUCCCAUGCUCUUCGCCACAGCCGAGGCCAUGGAGGCCCACCACAAGAGCCACUAUGCCUUCCACUGCCCCCACUGCGACUUCGCCUGCUCCAACAAGCACCUGUUCCGCAAACACAAGAAGCAGGGCCACCCUGGCAGUGAGGAGCUGCGCUGCACCUUCUGUCCCUUCGCCACCUUCAACCCCGUGGCCUACCAGGAUCACGUGGGCAAGAUGCAUGCUCAUGAGAAGAUCCACCAGUGCCCCGAGUGCACCUUUGCCACUGCCCACAAGAGAGUGCUCAUCCGCCACAUGCUGCUGCACACAGGUGAGAAACCUCACAAGUGUGAGCUGUGCGACUUCACGUGCCGAGACGUGAGCUACCUGUCCAAGCACAUGCUGACCCACUCCAACACCAAGGACUACAUGUGCACCGAGUGCGGCUACGUCACCAAGUGGAAGCACUACCUCAGCGUGCACAUGCGAAAGCACUUGGGCGACCUCAGAUACCAGUGCAGUCAGUGUUCCUAUCGCUGCCACCGGGCUGAUCAGCUGAGCAGCCAUAAGCUGAGACAUCAGGACAAGUCCCUGAUGUGUGAGGUGUGUGCCUUUGCUUGCAAGCGGAAGUAUGAGCUGCAGAAACACAUGGCUUCCCAGCACCACCCUAGCAAGCCAGCCCCACUCUACCUCUGCCGCUACUGCAGCUACCAGAGCCGCCACAAGCAGGCCCUGCUGAGCCACGAGAACUGCAGACACACCCGCCUCCGUGAGUUCCGCUGUGCCCUCUGUGACUACCGCACCUUCAGCAACACCACCCUCUUCUUCCACAAGCGCAAGGCCCAUGGCUAUGUGCCCGGGAACCAGGUCUGGCAGCUCCGCUGUGCCAGCCAGCAGCCAGAGGAGGCCAGGCAAUGCCCGACACCCGCACUGGACUCACAGUCCUCAGAUCAGCUGUCUGCCCAGCCUGUGGGGCAGGACCACGAUACUGAGACUGCCGUGGACCCCAGCGUGGACCCCAGCGUGGACCCCGGCUUGGACCAGACUCUGCCAGAAGUCAGCGAGGACAGUCCUGGGAGACAGGAUGGCAGUGAAGUUCCCCAGGGGGGUGACCUGGUCGGCAGCCCCAGCCCAGCGGAGGUAGACGAGGGCACCUGCACGCUGCACCUGGAGGCCCUGGGAGUAGAGCUGGGGCCUGUGGCCGAGCCACCACUUGAGGAGAUCGCUGACACGGCCCCUGUGGAAUUCAGGCCCUUGGACCCCUCGGGGCCCCUGAGGCUGGAAGGGCCAGAGGGAACUUUGACAGAGCUGUCUGCCUUUGAAGGUGCUGGGACUUCCGGCUUGGGUGCUGAAGAAGAGCCCAUUCUGGAGAAGCCAGUACCUGAGCCCCCCAGAAACCCUCCUUCCUCAGAGGAACCUCCUAACAGCUGGGCGGAAACCUUCAAGGCAACUCCACCCACUGAGGCAGCACUUCUGCCCCAGUUGCCUGAGUCAGAGUCACUACUCAAGGCCCUCAGGAAACAGGACAAAGAACAGGCAGAGGCAUUGGUACUGGAGGGGCGGGUUCAGAUGGUAGUGGUGCAGGGAGAGGGGCCGGCCUUCCGCUGCCCACACUGCCCUUUUAUCACCCGCCGGGAGAAGACCCUGAGUCUGCACUCCAGGACGGGGUGCCCUGCCCGCCGAGAGCCCCUGCUGUGCCCCGACUGUGGGGCUUGUUUCAAGCAGCAGCGCGGCCUUAGUACCCACGUGAUGAAGAAGUGCCGUGCCUCGCUGAAAAUGAACAGGAGCUUGUGCAGACCAGAUUCAGCUGUCCCUCUGCAUCCUCUGCCCCCUGGCAGCCAGGCCUCAGAGGCUGCAGAAGGUGGGAAGCCAGCACCUGCACCGUUAGAAGUAGAGGUAGUGCUCUCAAAGGAUGCUCCUUCUGAGCUUUCUAGGGAACCAGAAGAAAGAGAGGAGCCUCUGGCCACAGCCUCUGGCUCUACAGUACUUCCUGCAGAAAACUCCUCAUCCCCAGAGACCCCUGAGAAGUUCCGCUUUGAACAGGGCAAGUUCCACUGCAACUCAUGCAUGUUCCUUUGUUCUCGGCUCUCCUCCAUCACCUCUCACGUGGCCGAAGGUUGCCGGGGGAUACGGAGCGGGGCAGGAAAGCGAUGUGCCUCCCAGACCCAGCCUGUUGUGUCCCCGCUGAGCAAUGGGGACGCGGUCCCCCAAAACAGCGGGAAUACGGAGUGCAGCCCUGGUGAUGGGGACACAGCUGUGGUUCCAAAGCAGAAGGGGGCCCGCUUCUCCUGCCCCACAUGCCCCUUUAGCUGCCAGCAGGAGCGGGCUCUGAGGACUCACCAGGCCCGGGGCUGCCCCCUUCAGCAGUCUGGAGAGUUGCGCUGCGGCCUCUGCUCAUUCACCGCUCCUGCUGCCGCCGCCCUGAAGCUCCACCAGAAGCGGAAGCACUCCACUGUGGCUCCAGCCCGCGGCCCCCGGCCCCCUCUUCAGUGCGGGGACUGCGACUUCAUCUGUAAACAGAGCAGGUGCCUACAGCAGCACCAGCGGCUCAAGCAUGAGGGCGUGAAGCCACAUCAGUGCCCUUUCUGUGACUUUUCCACCACUCGACGGUACCGUUUGGAGGCUCACCAGUCCCGACACACAGGUGUGGGCCGCAUCCCCUGCAGUUCCUGUCCCCAGACAUUUGGUACUAACUCAAAACUGCGCCUGCACCAGCUGAGGGUACACGACAAAACACCCACCCACUUCUGCCCACUCUGUGACUACAGUGGCUACCUUCGCCAUGACAUCACUCGCCAUGUCAACAGCUGCCACCAGGGCACCCCAGCCUUUGCCUGUCCCCAGUGCGAGGCCCAGUUCAGCUCCGAGACAGCACUCAAGCAGCAUGCUCUGCGCCGGCAUCCUGAGCCUGUGCCCCCGGCCCCCGGCUCUCCUGCAGAGGCUGCUGAGGGCCCCCUGCACUGCUCCCACUGUGGGUUCCUGUGCCCCAGCCCUGCCAGCCUGCGAGAGCACACCUGUAAACAGCACCCGCGGUUCGAGUGUGGGGCCUGCCAGGAGGCCUUCCCUAGCCGGCCAGCACUGGACGAGCACCGGAGGCAGCAGCAUUUCAGCCACCGCUGUGAGGUCUGUGACUUUGCCGCCCGGGAGCGGGUGGGCCUGGUGAAGCACUACUUAGAGCAGCACGAGGAGCCUUCAGCGGCAGCCUCAGAGGGGGACGCUGGCCAGCCCCCCCUGAGCUGCCCCUUCUGUGACUUCACGUGCCGCCAUCAGCUGGUGCUGGAUCACCACGUGAAAGGGCACGGGGGCACCCGGCUCUACAAGUGUAACGACUGUGCCUACAGCACCAAGAACCGGCAGAAGAUCACCUGGCACAGCCGCAUCCACACCGGGGAAAAGCCCUACCGCUGUCACCUCUGUUCCUACGCCUGUGCUGACCCCUCUCGCCUCAAGUACCAUAUGCGGAUCCAUAAGGAAGAACGGAAGUAUCUGUGCCCUGACUGUGGCUACAAGUGCAAGUGGGUCAACCAGCUCAAGUAUCACAUGACCAAGCACACAGGACUGAAGCCAUACCAGUGUCCCGAGUGUGACUACUGUACCAACCGGGCUGACGCGCUGCGCGUGCACCAGGAGACCAGGCACCGGGAAGCACGGGCCUUUAUGUGUGAGCAGUGCGGCAAGGCCUUCAAGACCCGCUUCCUGCUGCGCACCCACCUCCGCAAGCACAGCGAGGCCAGGCCCUACGUGUGCAACGUGUGCCACCGUGCGUUCCGCUGGGCUGCCGGCCUGCGCCACCAUGCCCUCACCCACACCGACCGCCACCCCUUCUUCUGCCGCCUCUGCAGCUACAAGGCCAAGCAGAAAUUCCAGGUGGUCAAGCAUGUGCGCAGGCACCACCCCGAGCAGGCCGACCCGAACCAAGGCGUGGGCAAAGACCCCACCACCCCCACAGUACACCUGCAUGAUGUGCAGUUGGAGGGUCCCAGCCCUGCCGCUCCUUCUGCUCCCCCGACCGGACCGGAGGGCUGAGGUCCCAGCCCACCUCCCAGACCAGAAGAGGGUGUGGUCCAAGAUGUCCAGAGCUAGCCUAAGGAGCUCAGAGCAUAAGGAAGGACUGGCUUUGGGGUGUCAGGGUGGCCAGAGCCCUGCUGGGACUCUGGCCGUAGGACUUGAACGUUGGCGUCUACAUAAAUGAGAGACAUGGACCACAAAUUGAUUUUGUGUGGACACCCACUGUCUCUGACUAUAAGAUGUUGGUUUUACCAAUUCCGUUUUCUCUUUCCUUCUUACUAUGUUGAAUCCUGUUUUCAUUCAGCAUUCUCAAAACAGUUGUACCUGACCAUGUGUGCUGUUGUGCCUAAUGCUGUAUAAAGCAUGUUAAACAGAAUGAUUCCUAGCUUA